AUGACUGAGCACGUACCACUACGCGGAUCUUGCCAAUGCGGCCGCAAUCAAUAUCUGAUUCGUCUGCCUGAUGAUGUUACCGACCAUGCCCACGUCUACUUUGACUCCAGUCAAGACAACCGUAGAUUCCAGGGCUCACCGUUGACGGCAUGGCUUCGCGUUCCGUUAUCUUGGUACCAAUCCCACACGCAAUCCUAUUUUCCCGAUGAAACACAUGCAAGUAUCCGACGCAUCUUCUCCCCGCACCAUGCACCCCACACUCAGCGGGUCUUCUGCGGAUUCUGCGGCACCCCACUUACAUACUGGAGCGAGGUGCCCCGGGAUGAGGCGGAUUUCAUGAGUGUGUCUCUGGGUAGUCUUUUCGGCGAACAUCAACGUAAGCUGGAGGAUCUGGAUCUACUUCCCCCGGUUGUCCCUUCUUCAGAUGAGGAGGAGGAGGAGGAGGAGGAGGAGGAGGAGGCUGAAGCAGAGCAGGAACCCGAAUCUGAAGGCAAGGUGGUUGCUGUUCCGGCGGCAGCGUCCAGUGACCCUCCCACUCCGUCACGUGUAGUCAUUCCCGCUGCUGCGGGGGGCGACGGGUCUGGUCUCUCACGGAGCUACAGGCAAGGCACUUUCGGUGGGAUACCGUGGUUCGAGGAAAUGAUCGAAGGUAGCCAGCUGGGCCGCUUGAUGAAGACGAGACGCGGGGUGGGUGUUAGCGACGACCACUCAACGACCGUCGAGUGGGAAAUUAGCGAGUGGUCGAGCGAUGCGACUGGUGCGCAGAGGCCGACUGGCGUCGGUUUGCCCCUUCAGGCGGGCAAAAGGAAACGCGGUCUAUAGAUCCUGCAACAGAGAAAACUACUUUACCUUAACUGCAAUAGCUCAAGGUAGUAAAUGAGUGUUUUUGUUGACAUUCCUGGUUUAUAUGAGAUUCAGAAUAUGCAGCAAGAGCUUGGAGCAGACGUCCACAUCAACAGAGUGUUUGCUGGAAAGCCUCCUGUGGUCAAUUCAAG